CUAACAAUUUCCUCUAAAACAAGGCGAGUGGGCAGCCGCCGUGUCUUGGCUACCUUUCUUAUUUCCAAGGAAGGAAGGAACUAACAUGCAUAGCUAUUAAGGGGGAUGGUUCACACAAACCUGGCAACUCUUGCUAACCAGACGUCAGUGAUCUGCGGCUGUAGUGAGUUUGCUCUUAGUAGCUUUUGUUCGAUGGACUUAAAUUUACCCUGUAGCCACCAAUCCACCGCUACACGGAGGGCGAAUGAUAAAAACGAACAUAAUUCAGUUUGAGAAGUCCGUCGGCUCGGAUAAAAAUCUAUAAGGGUUGCAGAGGAGCUCUAGAUUGACACUGCCAUCUUCCUCCACCCGUCAGUACCCCUCCCUUCCAUCCGGUGUCCCACUGGCUGCCCUCUUUGGUUCUCAAAAUGGCGGCUGUGUUCGUUCUCUGGCAGCACCACUGACCUCCACCCUGGACCACCAACAUGGAGAGGAAACGCAGAAAGAAAUGAAUCAAGCUGCUCAGGCCGUAUGCAGUGUGGACUCAUUUUCCGAGCUCUGGACCUGAACCGGGCUGUCCCAACACCUGACCCUUCUCCAGCCUAACGCUACUCAUUCUUCAUCUAAAACAGGGUCCCUCCAAAACACUUUGGAGGCCCCGAUAUACCUGAUGGCACGCAACGCCACAGAACUCAAAAUGCCUUCACCUCCUGUAUGGGUAUCCAUGCUGCUGGGGCUGCUGGUCGGCUUCCUGCCCUUGGUGGGGAUGGAGCCAGCAGGCGGGGCUAAACCAACCUCCAACCUCAACCCCAGCGCGGAGCCCCUCCCCUCCCCCUCUGGCUCCAACUGCUCCCAGCUCACCCUCAAGCUGGAGUUCUCCUCUAAGGUGGUGGAACAUGAGUACAUCGUAGCGUUCACAGGGUAUUUCUCAGCCAAAGCCCGCAGCCUGUACAUCAGCAGCGCUCUGCGGAAUGCAGGGAACGGUGCCUUGGAGUGGCACAUUGUCCCCAGGGAAAACCCGGCCUCUGACUUCCCCAGUGACUUUGAGCUGGUCCACAUCCGCCAGGCAUCGCCCAGCAGCCUGCUGACCCUGGAGGACCACCCUUACAUCAAGAGGGUGACGCCACAGCGCAAAGUGUUCCGCACCCUCAAAUAUGUGCCCUCACCAGAACCUGCUGCACCCUGCAACACCACCCGUUGGACACAAAAAUGGCAGUCAUGGCAGUCAUCCCGGCCUCUCCGUCGAACCAGCCUCUCACUGGGCUCGGGUUUCUGGCAUGCCACCGGGCGCCACUCGAGCCGACGUUUGCUGCGUGCCAUCCCCCGUCACGUCGCCCAGAUCCUUCAGGCAGAUGUGCUUUGGCAGAUGGGACACACUGGGUCUGGUGUGAAGGUAGCUGUGUUUGACACUGGCCUCAGCGAGAGGCACCCUCAUUUUAAAAACGUGAAGGAGAGGACCAAUUGGACCAAUGAGAAGACACUGGAUGAUGGUCUGGGUCACGGUACCUUUGUAGCAGGAGUGAUAGCCAGCAUGAGGGAAUGUCAGGGCUUUGCCCCUGACUCUGAGCUCCACAUCUUCAGAGUGUUCACCAACAACCAGGUGUCGUACACCUCAUGGUUCCUAGAUGCUUUCAACUAUGCCAUUCUAAAGAAGAUCGAUGUUCUCAACCUCAGCAUCGGGGGGCCUGAUUUCAUGGACCAUCCCUUCGUUGACAAGGUGUGGGAGCUCACGGCGAACAGAGUGAUCAUGGUCUCUGCUAUUGGCAAUGAUGGACCUCUGUAUGGCACCCUCAACAACCCAGCAGACCAGAUGGAUGUGAUCGGGGUUGGAGGGAUCGACUUUGAAGACAACAUUGCCAGGUUUUCUUCUAGAGGCAUGACAACCUGGGAGCUGCCGGGCGGCUACGGCAGGGUGAAGCCUGACAUCGUGACCUACGGCUCAGGAGUGCGUGGUUCAGGGAUGAAGGAGGGAUGCCGCUCUCUAUCUGGGACCAGCGUAGCUUCUCCUGUGGUGGCCGGUGCCGUCACACUCCUGGCCAGCACCGUUCUAAACCGGGAGCUGGUGAAUCCAGCGUCCAUGAAGCAGGCUCUGAUUGCCUCAGCUCGCCGGCUGCCUGGCGUCAACAUGUUUGAACAAGGCCACGGCAAACUGGACCUGAUCAGAGCCUACCAGAUCCUCAACAGCUACAGACCCCAGGCCAGUCUUUCUCCCAGCUAUAUCGACCUGACUGAGUGCCCAUACAUGUGGCCUUACUGCUCUCAGCCCAUCUACUAUGGGGGGAUGCCCACCAUCGUCAACGUGACCAUUCUGAACGGUAUGGGUGUCACCGGCAGGAUCGUAGACAAGCCCAUCUGGCAGCCCUACCUUCCCCAGAACGGUGACCACAUUGACGUGGCCGUCUCCUAUUCACCGGUGCUGUGGCCGUGGGCCGGCUACCUCGCCGUCUCCAUCUCCGUGGCAAAGAAAGCGGCAUCAUGGGAAGGUAUUGCUCAGGGUCAUGUGAUGGUCACAGUGGCGUCGCCUGCAGAGAAUGACUCUGAGGUGGGCGGCGAGCUGACCUCCACAGUCAAGCUGCCAAUCAAAGUUAAGAUUGUGCCGACUCCUCCGCGCAGCAAGAGGGUGCUAUGGGACCAAUAUCACAACCUGCGCUACCCGCCUGGCUACUUCCCGCGGGACAAUCUCCGCAUGAAGAACGACCCACUGGACUGGAAUGGGGACCACAUCCACACCAACUUCAGAGACAUGUACCAGCACCUGAGGAGUAUGGGAUACUUUGUUGAGGUGCUGGGAGCUCCCAUAACCUGUUUUGAUGCCAGCCAGUAUGGCACAUUGCUGAUGGUGGACAGCGAGGAGGAGUAUUUUCCCGAGGAGAUCACUAAGCUGAGAAGAGAUAUUGACAACGGCCUGUCGCUCAUCAUUUUCAGCGACUGGUACAACACCUCCGUGAUGAGGAAGGUCAAGUUCUACGACGAGAACACCAGGCAGUGGUGGAUGCCGGACACAGGGGGCGCCAACGUGCCGGCUCUGAAUGACCUGAUCUCUGUGUGGGGAAUGGCCUUCAGUGAUGGUCUGUACGAGGGAGACUUCACCAUGGCCGAUCAUGACAUGUACUAUGCCUCAGGCUGCAGCAUCGCCCGGUUCCCAGAGGACGGGAUAGUGAUUGCCAAGAACCUGAAAGACCAAGGCCUGGAGGUGUUGAAACAGGAGACAGCGGUAGUGGAAGGCGUUCCAAUCCUUGGAUUAUACCAAACGCCUUCUGACGGUGGCGGUCGCAUCGCCCUGUAUGGAGAUUCUAACUGUAUAGAUGACAGCCACAGGCAGAAAGAUUGUUUCUGGCUGCUGGAUGCUCUCCUUCAGUAUACCUCCUACAGUAUGACGCCCCCCAGCCUCAGCCACUCCCACAGCAGGGUAGCACCACCUACAGGCACUGAGCGCCCACUGCCACAGAGGCUAGAAGGAAACCACCUUUACCGCUAUUCCAAGGUUCUGGAAGCUCACCUGGGAGAUCCUAAGCCCCGCCCCCUACCAGCCUGCCCUCACCUGUCCUGGGCAAAGCCACAGCCACUUAAUGAGACAGCACCCAGUAACCUGUGGAAGCACCAGAAGCUGCUGUCGGUGGAUCUGGACAAAGUAGCUCUGCCAAACGUGAGGCCGUACCGUCCCCAGGUCAGACCUCUCUCUCCGGGGGAGAGUGGGGCCUGGGACAUCCCCGGAGGGAUCAUGCCGGGACGCUAUAACCAGGAAGUGGGCCAGACCAUCCCUGUCUUCGCCUUCCUUGGAGCGAUGGUGGUCCUGUCCUUCUUUGUGGUGCAGCUCACCAAGGCCAAGAGCAAACCUAAGCGCAGGAAACCGCGUGUCAAACGGCCCACCUACCUCCAACAGCAGCAGCAGACAACUGGGAAGAACCCCACCGUUUGACUGGGACUGGAACUUGGAAGUACCGCUAGCGCUAUCGGUGGGCCCGGGCCUGGUUUAUUCCCUUUAAAGAACAGCAGCAGAGGGCUUGGCAUGAAUUUGAAUUGAACAAAGUGUCAGAGCACCUCUAGCUCUUGGGAACCGAGGAGAUACUGACAACCCUCUGAAAAGCCAAGCCUGCCACACAACUCUGCUGCAGCUCCUGGUGUCUCCCUGGGAUGCUCAACCAGUUUCUCUACUCUUGUCUGUCCUGCAACUCAGUGAGUGAAUACGUGUGUGUGUGCGCGUGUGUGUGUGUGUGGACUAAUGAUCAGCAUUAGCCGACGUUACACACAUGCUGUAAAACACAGAGCAACACUCUCCCGUCCUGUUCCAGACAGGCGUGUUGCCAAUCUCCUCCUCCUCCUCCUCUUCUUAAGAGCUUCUUUCAUUCCUCUGACCAAACGGAGUUUCUUCAUGACUGAAACGUGCCUGUUGACUUUUGUAUUUAUUGAAUCUGUUCAUACCCCUAACGUUACAACAUACACUACACACACCAACAGAAACACAGUUUCAGAUGCACAGAAAAGCAGGUUGCGCACACCUGUUGACAGAACAACACCACAUGCAGAUACAACUUGAGGCCUGUUGACUCGUCCAUGGACUCUUCCCUGUCAUCAUGUGUUUUGUAUAUCCUGCCCAUAUUUGUUUAAAUUUAUUGUCUAUUGUCUAUUCUUUGUGUUUUAUAUUUUAUAUAAUGAAUGAAUUCUGGCCAGGCUUUCUGUUGAUAUUCUCCAUCAUGAUCUCAUGAUCGGUAAAAUAGAAUUGCUAGACUUGUUCCAAUAUAUCUCAUCAAUAAAAAGCAUCAUCAUGGCA